AUGGCACGCAAGAACGUACGAGCAUACCGUCGAGCUGCCAUAGCAGUCAUUCGUAUCUCUGGCCCAGCAUGUCUUCACAUCUACAGACUGCUAUGCCCGAGUCGUCCACCACCAAAACCUCGCACCGCGACGCUACGAAGACUUUAUGAUCCCAACGACCCACAGUCCUCGGAUCUCCGAGUCCUUGAUACGGGAGCACUCGUCCUAUACUUCCCCGCUCCUCACACAGUAACCGGUGAAGAUGUGCUCGAGCUGCACGUUCACGGUGGUCGAGCCAUUGUUCGCUCGGUUUUGGACGCAAUAUCAAAAUGCGGGCAUUUGACGCAGGGAAGAGGCGGAACAGUGAGACAUGCUGAGCCUGGCGAGUUCACGAAGUGGGCAUUUUAUAAUGGGAAAUUGGACCUCGCGCAGGCCGAAGCAUUGGGCGAAACCCUCGCAGCCGAGACAGAGCAACAGCGUCGGUUAGCUGUCAGCGGUGCAGAUGGCGGACUCUCCAAAAGAUACGAGGAAUGGCGUACCAUGCUACUAUACGCUCGAGGAGAGCUAGAGGCCCUGAUCGACUUUUCGGAAGAUCAGCACUUUGAUGAGUCGCCAGCAGAGUUUGUGGCCUCGAUCUCAAAACAAGUCAGCGUGCUGAAGAGACAGAUUGAGCUACACCUGCAAAAUGCAUCUAAGGGUGAACUGCUGCGCAAUGGCAUCAGCAUAGCCUUACUGGGCGCACCAAAUGCCGGCAAGAGUUCCUUGCUCAAUCGAAUUGUCGGGCGAGAAGCUGCCAUUGUCAGUGCCGAAGAAGGGACUACUCGAGACAUUGUCGAUGUCUCGGUUGACCUCAAUGGCUGGCUAUGCCGGCUGGGUGACAUGGCCGGUCUACGCGCCAUGGGGCCUGUUGGACAGCAGCAACAACCUGUCGGCUUGGUGGAACAAGAAGGCAUACGUCGAGCAAGAGAGCGGGCCAUGCAAUCCGACGUUGUUUUGGUACUGUUGUCUGUCGAAAUGGAUGAAGAUGGGAAUCCGCAAGUCCCUAUCAACGGACAAGUUCUUGAGGCAGUGCAGGAAUGCGAUGCUGCCGGGAAGACUAUUCUGGUCGUUCUGAAUAAGAUUGACCUGCUGGACAUGCAUGAUGGUCCAAAACAAGAACGCAUGAGAGCCUUGCAGACACGAAUCCGUCAGAUAUUUCCAACGGUCUCUGAGCGACGGUUAUGCAUGGUAUCCUGCAAAGGUGCAGCAAAUAGCUCAAUGGGCUCCGACCCCGGCGGUAUUCAAACAUUUCUCAGACAACUGACUAGCUCCUUCAUGGAAUUGACGACAGCAUCCACCAGCGAAGACAUUGCGAAUGCCAGAAUGACGCCAGCAGAAGCACGGGCCUACUGGACCACCUCUCUCUCGGUCACGCAUCGGCAGACUACGUACCUGUCGCAGUGCUUACAUCAUCUUGAGGACUUCCUUGCCCUGAGCCAGUCGCAGCCUCGGUCUUACCUGCAUACAGAGACAACGGAAAUCUCCGAUUCGUGCAAUUUCGCCAGUGAUUACCGCCCUGAUCGCCACGAUGACCACGUCGGUCCAAAUAUAGUACAGGUGAAUGGAGAUGGACCUGGAGAUGGUGCAAUCGAUAUCGUGACUGCAGCGGAACAUCUCCGUUUCGCGGCGGACUGCCUUGCCAAGAUUACGGGUAAGGGAGAAUCCGGUGAUGUGGAGGACAUCCUUGGAGUCGUUUUCGAAAAGUGA